CUAUGGCCAGCCAAUGAACAUUCAGAAAUCACCCGCACUCAGCCAAUCGGAAUAAGGUGGUGACGUCAGAGACUAGCGGAGCUGAAAGCUUUAGAAAAAAAGCCCCGAAAGCUGAGAGCUGGGAAGACCGGGUUGACCCGGCGGGAGGAAGAUGGUGUGCGGAGGCUUCACGUGUUCCAAGAAUGCGCUGUGUGCGCUGAAUGUGGUGUACAUGCUGGUGGGCCUGCUGUUGAUUGGUGUGGCAGCAUGGGGUAAAGGUUUUGGAAUCGUCUCUAGUAUACACAUCAUUGGUGGAGUGAUUGCCAUUGGAGUUUUCCUUCUACUCAUUGCCAUAAUUGGUUUGAUUGGGGCCGUUAGUCAUCACCAAGUGAUGCUCUUUAUUUAUAUGGUUGUUUUGAUUCUGGUCUUUAUAUUUCAGUUUAUUGUCUCGUGUUCCUGUUUAGCAAUGAACAGAUCACAGCAGGAGUAUUUCCUGAAUACAACAUGGACUCGGAUGAGCAAUGACACAAGGCUGAAUUUAGAGAAAACGCUGGAAUGCUGUGGGUUUUUAAACACUACAGAUGCCAGGGAAGAGUUUAAAAUGGAUGUCGCUCUCUGCAGUAAGGCGCAAGUCUGUUCACAAAACCCUCAGAAAUGCCUAAGCUGUGGGGAUAAAAUGUUAAACCAUGCAGAUGAAGCACUGAAAAUCCUCGGAGGUGUUGGGCUUUUCUUCAGUUUUACUGAGAUUCUUGGUGUGUGGCUUGCUUUCCGCUACAGGAAUCAGAAGGACCCCCGUGCAAACCCCAGUGCAUUUCUAUAGUGUUCAUUCUAUUUCGCUUCCUGACUCUUCAAUCAUGUAGUCUAUUCUCCUGUAUCAGCCUCAUUCCUUUGCCGAUCACUUCUCCCUCUAUGGGCAACAUGUUCUGUCAUGCAGGGACAUGUGAAGUGGAGAAGUGAAACCCCUGGCUAAGCCUCAAGAAAUAGAAGCUUCCGUCAAGAAUGCAAUCAGAUCACAUUUGCAAGUGUUCAUAAAUUAAAUGGAUAUUGUGUAUGGGUGUGUGGGGUCUUAAAGGACACUUAAAAACACAGCAGUUUUUAAUAUUUUAAAAUGCAAGCUACAAACAGCAAUCCAUGUGGGAUGCUGAGUCCUUACCAAGAUGUGAAACAUGGGGUCACUUUCCCUUUGCCAUUCUUUUAAAGAGCGGAUUGGAUGAUGGGCCAGUGUACAUGUGUACAUAUACAUAAUAUUUAUAUAUACAAGAAUACAGGCCUGUUGUUCUUGAGAUGAUGUUUUUUAAAAAAAAAAAAAAAUAAUACAGUUUGAGUAGUGGCAAAAGAAAACCUUUUUGGGUCUAAGUGAAGGCUUUAGGUCAAGAAAGUUUAAGUGGGUUAUGGCUUCUCUGCCAGCCCUGACCACCUUAAAGUAUUUUAACUUACUGUACCUGGUAAGAUUAUGGACUAUAAAAUGUAUUGCUUGACAGGUUUUUUCUGGUAUUCAAGGGAUUGGCAUUGCUGCAAUGCUUCAUGUGAUAUGACAAUCUGCAAUAUUGCUUGAGAUAUAGGCCUUUUCUGAAAGACAUGAGUGACCACAUUUAAAGGGCACUGAUUAAAAAGUUUCCCCUGUGUAAGGUUCUUUGUAACAAUAACAUGUAUGUGAAAGUAAUGAAAACAUGGAGCUAUGGAGAGAGAACUUCUGAAGCAGAUCAGUAUUGUCUAGUUGUACAUUUCUUCUCUAUUAGUAUCUGCAUAAGGGAAGAGUAUGCACCGCACAGUACAAGACACUGUGUAUGAUUUACAUAGGUGCUAAAUUGCACCCAUUGCAACUGUAUAUGUAACCUAAGCUUUGUACAUCAGUCUAGUUGUUUAAAGAAAAACUAUACCCCCCAGAAAUGUAGGUAUCCAUAAAAAUACAUCCCUGCUUCAUCUAAAUAAACCAUUUUCAUAAAAAUAUAUGUUCGUAGCAAUUUGUGCAACUGGAUAAUCCUAACUUGAAAAUUGCCGUUUAAAGUACUAAGGGCCACCCCUGGGAUCCUAUGAUUCACAGUUCACACAAACAAACCAAGUGCAUGCAUACGCUAGGCAACAAAAAGCAAGUGGCACUCAGGGCUACAAGGGAACAAGCCCCUUAAAAAAUUUUUAUUGCGGAAUUUUUUUUUUUUAAGGGGCUUGUUCUCUUGUAGCCCUGAGUGCCACUUGCUUUUUGUUGCCUUUUGUAGUUCUGGGAGGGUGCCGAUCCCUCCAGCAGUGUGCACCAGGCGUUCAAGUUUGGAGAGCUAGGGUGUGCGAAAACGGUCUCUGUUGUACGUGCAUACGUUAGGUCACAUGAGCCAGUGAAUGAAAGUUCUGUCUUUCUUUCUGCCACACUACUUCCUGUUAGUUAGAGCUGCAUCAUUUCCUGUCAUGUGAUCUGUGAGAGAACACACAGACUCAAAAUGGUGGCUCAAGGUAAGGUGUAAAAAAACAAUAUUUAGUGAUAUAUUCCAGUUUGGUCAGAUUCUUUAAUAGGACAUGGCGACAAAAUUCAGCACAGAGCCUCAGGCUUCGCCAUGUAAAAAGUGAAUUCCACCAGAAAUAGCGCAAAAUCUGUUGGUUUGAAGAAGUGAAAUAAAACACAUUUCGAUAAAUUCGCCAUUAAUUUUUAUGUGAAAUUUUGAUUUACACACAAAACAAAUAGGCCUCUGAAUAUUAUAUAAACAAUCUGUUAAAUAUUCAUUCUGGGGAUAUAGUUUUUCUUUAAAUAAUACGUUUAAAAUUGAGUAAGCCCUUUAAAGCGGUGGCCAUAGUUAGAUGAUUAAAGCUGGCCAUACAUGGGUUUUCCAUGUCAAGUUCGCAGCUUACUGACCUGUCUAUGGGGCUUUUAGAGGUCCUACCUCAUUGAUAUCUAAAAAUCAGAAUUUAUCAGGCAGGUUUUAAAAUCCUAUUGGUGAGGGCAUCUGUUGAUAAAGUCCUCUCCUGGCAGGUUUCUGUUGAUAAAGUCCUCUCCUGACAGGUUUCUGUUGGCCCUAAGUAUAAUAUAGGCGCAGAGGUCAAAUCAUCAGAUUUUUUUGACUGCAAGGAUGUUUAGCUGAAGGCCUGGGGUCCAAAGUGUUUUGAGCCCUGCCUUAUUUUUCCAUAUGCUAUGUGUGUCUCCUGCAGUAAAAGAAUUUAGUCAAAGCAUGCACUGGGUCACAAAAUUCGGACACUAAGUGGAUAAUGUUGGGCAACCAUGGAAGAAAUGCUCGAUGGUCUACCUGGGCGGGUUGUUAAUGCUAGGUCUCGCAUGAAUGAUAUUGCAGAACUAAUCCUUAUCCCUUUGACUGAAUGCUGUUACAUGCACAUUCCUUCAGUUAGGAAAUGUCAAUACAACUGCUCUGGCCCUAUAGCAGUGUCUUAUAAUUGUCCUAUGAAAAGAUGUACUCCAAUAAAGUGUGCAGAUUUUGGUAUGA